CCGCCGCCGCCGCGCCGCCCUCCGAGGCUGCGUCCCGGGAAGCCCGGCCCCCCGCGCCCCCCGGCCCGGCCCGGCGCCCCGGACCUGAGCGCGCCCCCAUGGAGGCGCCCGGGCUGGCCAAGGCGGCCGCGGCGGACGCCGACGCCCGAGAGAGCUCGGGGGAGACCCCCGACGGCGAGCCCGCGCACUUCCCCGGCCCCGGGGCGCCCUCGCCGGAGCCGCCCGCCUACCGCCCGCAGGACUUCGACACGCUGGCCACCGUGGGUACGGGGACGUUCGGUCGCGUGCAGCUGGUCCGCGAGAAGCAGAGCACACGUUUCUUCGCCCUGAAGGUGAUGAGUAUCCCGGACGUCAUCCGCCUGAAGCAGGAACAGCAUGUGCACAACGAGAAAUCCGUGCUGAAGGAAGUCAGCCACCCGUUCCUGGUCAAGCUGUUCUGGACGGGGCACGAUGACCGCUUCCUGUACAUGCUGAUGGAGUUCGUGCCGGGUGGUGAGCUCUUCAGCUACCUGCGCAACCAGGGCCGCUUCUCCAGCUCCACCGGGCUCUUCUACGCCGCGGAGAUCGUCUGUGCCAUUGAGUACCUGCACUCCAAGGAGAUCGUCUACAGAGACCUGAAGCCGGAGAACAUCCUGCUGGAUAGAGACGGUCACAUCAAGCUCACUGACUUCGGGUUCGCCAAGAAACUGGUGGACAAGACGUGGACCCUUUGCGGGACCCCCGAGUACCUGGCCCCCGAAGUCAUCCAGAGCAAGGGCCACGGGAGAGCCGUGGACUGGUGGGCGCUCGGCAUCCUCAUAUUCGAGAUGCUCUCGGGGUUUCCUCCGUUUUUUGAUGACAACGCAUUUGGCAUUUACCAAAAAAUUCUUGCAGGCAAGAUCGAUUUCCCCAGGCAUUUGGACUUCAGUGUCAAAGACCUCAUUAAGAAAUUGCUUGUUGUCGACAGAACCAGGAGAUUGGGAAACAUGAAGAACGGAGCAGAGGAUGUGAAACGGCAUCGGUGGUUCCGGACCAUGGACUGGGAGACUGUCCCAGAAAGGAAACUGAAGCCUCCCAUCGUGCCCAAAGUGUGCAGCGAGGGCGACACCUCCAACUUCGAAGCUUAUCCCGAGAACGACUGGAACAUGGCCCCUCCGGUGUCACAGAAAGAGCUGGAAGUCUUCAAGAAUUUCUGAGCAUGGGCUCCCCACCUGGAAGGGGACUGUCGCCAGCCUGCUUUGUUAGGCAUCUGUAAAGCUGAGAAGGAGAUGAAAUCACAGCUGAUCAUACGGCAUAAUGUUCAUGGUCACAGAAGUUGGAAUCCCCCUCAGCAGAAAUGUAUCGUUUGCCAGCAAUGGAAAAGUCGUGUUUUAUGCUCUCCACAUGUCAAAAUACGCAAAAGAAACUCCAGUCACCAGGUAACAGGUGUCCACGUCACACCAUCACGAUGCUUUAAAACACCACCUCCUGUUGUGCUCCUGGGGCAGCUGCACCAUCAGCUGUUUAUAAAUGUCUCGUGCAGUGUUUUGUUUCCUUCUGUCCGUCUGUAUGUCGGGACUCCCCUGCUGCCAGCCACAGCGUCACCAGUAGCGCUGAGCAGUUGGGUGAUGUGACACACAUUUGCCCUUUCUGCGUACAACCUAAGUUGCCUCUCAGUUCGGAACCACGUGAACUGUGAAAUACAGCUCCAUCCUGUUCCCGCGAGACCCCGACGCACCGCCCCGUAGGCACCGAGGGCCGCCCACCCAGGUGAACGCUGCAGGCUGCAGCAGGUCCCAUCAGAACAUCAAAAUCCUCACGUUAGCUGCAGGUGCAGGAAAGAUUGGAUUUUUUUUUUUCCAGCCCUUUGAUUUUGCAUCGCGAAAUUUACACCAUCACAGGAGCCCUUGAUGGCUCCCAAUUAAGAUUUGAAGGGACACAUGCCUGCAUUAUUCUUUCUCCAGGGGUCCGUCUCCCUGGCGUGUAUUUUACACCUGUUGGGCACAUCCUACGUACUGUAUGUACCCUCUAGCCCUGUUUCUGACUAAUUAGUUCCACUUCCCUGGAUGUUGUUGAGUUACCAAAAACAAAGAGAAAAACACAUGCACAGUUGUCUUAAUAUGUUUGAGUAGUUGUGUGUGUGUGUGUGUGUCUGUCUUGUUGGAGGUGGAAUGGGGGGGGAUGCUUUCACCAAGCAUAAUGUUUUCAUAUCAAGCUUGUUUUUGCAGACCCUGUGGGGUUGCAUCCAAGGAGCAGUGCUUCAUAAUCAAAAGGAAAUGCUCUGUAACGGUUUCCUCUAAAUUAUUGUGUCUUAAGAUGUUCUGUUGAUCUUCCAUGGCGGACUUUUGUUAUUUAAGUACAAGUCAUUACAUGUUCGUUUUUGCAACUGGGAUGUGAAGCCUUUCUGCUCGCAGGCCGUCUUUCCUGGUCCCCUGAGAUGCUUUUCCAGCUCUGCAGGGCCGUCAGAGCUUCCUUCUUUCUUGCGGGAUGAAGUUCCUGGGCCAGCGUGGCACGUCCCCAGUGAGUCACACUGGGAGCCCCGCCGGGUCAUCCCAGCUUCUCGUGUGGAUUAAAAAACCCUGUCAAUUCCUUGCACAAUGAAAAUCACUGUGAUUUGUAUAUAUACCGUAGGAAAAUUUUACUGCUGUCUAAUUUAUGGAAUAAUACUAUUGAUUCCAGGUUUGUUUAAUAAAACUUUGUAUCUUUUAAGAUAAA